AUGCCACCUAAACGAAACCAAAAAAGUAAGCUUUCACUUUCAAAGACAUUUGAGCAAGUUGAUGAAGAAAUCGAAGAUGAAAUUUUUGAGACAUACUCGGAACUAUUAGGUGAUGAAGUAGAGAAUCAAGAUGUCACUUUAAGUCAACUACCACAAAUACUCAGUGAUUUGAGAAUUCCCAAAUGCUUUACUAAAGAUAUCGAAAAGUGUAUUGACUACUACUACGAUUUUAUCAAAGACAAAGAUGUACAUUUAGAUCCUUUGAAUACGCGUCAGCAAAAUACGUUAGCAAUGAUACAUUCGUAUACCGUAACUGCCGGAAUUAAACAACUAGACGAGAUAAUUGACAUAUUAGACGUGGAAAAACUACUAUAUAACCUCAAUAGAUUGAUCAAAUUUCGAAAUAAUUAUCUGCAUAUUCGCAAGAGUUGGCAACUAUUUGUCAGUACUGCUGCUGACUCAUCUGCUUCAGAAACAUACAAGUUGACAUUCCCAGAUUUGAAAAAAAUUAAAACCAGCUUGAAUCUAGAUUCUGAUCCAUCCACCAAAGCCCCUUUGAAUGACACUUUUUUGAUUGAUAUGUUAGGGUGUUGUUCACAUGAUUCAAAUGGGAAUUUACUAAAUUUCGAUUUCGAGAAACAAGGCGCGUGUGUUAACAUAAAGGACUUUGCUGAAAUAUUAGGACAAAUUGGUGAGUUAGACUAA